AUGGCUUUCGCAAAUAUUCGUCGUCUACACACUAAUAAUGUCGCUACCUUUCGCAAGUCUCCUCUUUCCGAAAUAUCCGGAUCGCUGGGCGAUCUCGGGACACUGCUCCCACUCAUGAUAGCCCUGGCUGUCAACAAUUCAAUAUCACUUUCCACUACCCUGGUAUUUUCAGGCCUUUGGAAUAUAUUUACUGGUGUUGCUUUUGGUAUCCCACUGCCUGUGCAGCCUAUGAAGGCAAUCGCUGCUGUUGCUAUCGCCAGAAAGUUCUCCAUUGAGGAAACAGUAUCUGCAGGUUUUACGACGUCCGGUUUCGUCUUUCUAUUCAGCGUCACUGGGCUACUGAGAUGGUUUACGCGAGUGAUACCCACCCCUGUCGUGAAAGGUAUCCAAGUUGGAGCCGGUCUCUCUCUCGUACUCUCUGCUGGAACCACUCUUCUUCAACCUCUUGGAUGGACUACUCCCAGCGCAGAGGAUAAUCUAAUAUGGGCAUUGUUCGCCUUUAUUACCUUACUUGCCACGCAGAAGAUGCGAAAGGUGCCAUAUGCUUUACUGAUAUUCCUUCUUGGUCUGGUACUAUCACUCUUCACAGCUGGCGCUCGCAAUAUUCCAUCGUUCAGGGUAUGGCACCCGACGAUACUUGCACCAUCCUGGACAGCGUUCAAGACAGGUGCAUUGGAUGCUGGUCUUGGCCAGAUCCCUCUGACGACUCUGAACUCUGUCAUUGCCGUUACCUAUCUCUCAGCCGACCUCCUACCUAAUAUUCCAACCCCUGGGGUGACUGAAAUCGGCAUCAGUGUUGCUGUGAUGAAUCUGAUAGGUGGCUGGUUCGGUGCCAUGCCAGUCUGUCAUGGAUCUGGUGGGCUGGCAGCGCAGUAUAGAUUCGGGGCUCGAAGUGGUGCGAGCAUUAUUCUUCUCGGAUCGUUCAAGAUCAUCUUGGGUCUUUUGUUUGGGGAAAGUUUGAUCGGGCUUUUGCGAGAGUACCCGAAAGGUCUUUUGGGUAUAAUGGUUUUGGCCGCUGGCUUGGAACUGGCCAAAGUAGGGGAAAGUUUGAACAACGGGGCGAGAGAUUUAUGGGAAGUUUCGGACAGUUCACAGAGCGAACACUCGGAAGGGCAAGGGUUGAAGCAUCAACGGACGCUAUCAGAUGAAGAGCGAAAGGAAAGGUGGACAGUCAUGUUUAUGACAGUUGGAUUUCUUCUUGCUUUCAAGAAUGACGGCGUUGGAUUUCUUGCUGGCAUGUUAUGCCACUACUUCAACCAGGCUUCGAGAGUAUGGGCUGAAUGGGAGAGUCUGAGGGUUAGGAGAGAGGACAGAGGGUCCAGAAGAAAUAGGCAGGCUACGACUGUUGAGGAAGAGGAAGAACAACUACUGGUGGACACGUAG